GGGGGCUUUGCCCGGUUUCGGAAAGGCAACGCGGAACCAACAAAAGUUUUUAGAAAAUUGAGCUAGCUACGACAUCAAUUUCCCCCCACACGAAGACAGCCAUCAAAAUGACUUCUACGAACAUGUUUUCAGGAUUCGAUAAUGGCGCAAAGCCAAGUUCAAGAGUCCUGCGUCCCCCCGGAGGUGGCUCCAGCGACCUGUUCGGUGCCUAUGAGGAAGAAGCAGCUGCGUCGAGACGGCCCCACAAGAUGGCCUCCAACCUUUUCGCCCCGCCAGAGCCCCAGGGUGUCAUCAGGCGAACCAACCCCCCAGGGGGUAAAAGCAGUGGGAUAUUUGGUUCUCCAGAGGCCCCAGCCGAGCAACGGAGACCCGUACCCCCAGGCGGCAACACCAGCAACAUCUUCGGAGGGCUAGAGAGCGCCCCUCCCUCGGUCAAAGCCCAUUCCAACAAGCCAAAGGACAACAUUUCUGUGGGUGAAAGUGCCAUGCCCAUUCCUGAGCCCCCAGCUCCUCAGCCAAAGGAGAGCCCGGCCAAAGAGGUGAAGGAGGAGGACGUAGCAUCCCCUCCCCCCACACCCACCAAAGCAGCGGUGGAGCCUGCGCCUGCUCCCUCGGCCAAGAUGCCAGAGCCAGAGGUCUCCCUUAGUGAGCUCUCACUGAAGGACCACGAGCCCCACCUCGGCCCCCGCCCCCGCUCCCACAACAAGGUCCUUAACCCCCCAGGAGGGAAGUCUAGCGUGGUCUUCUACUGAUCCAGCUCCUCCAUCCCAUCAUCAUCUCUAUUCAUGUCUACAUACCAAAUGGCACCCUAUUCCCUAUAUAAGUAACGCUUGUCCGAGCCAGAACGGCGCAUAGGGCAGGAGCCUAUUUCUUGUUUCUGUAGCGUGAGGCUGCUUGAUGCACAAGACUCUAGUUUAUGGGCCCUGGUCAAAAUGAGUGGACUGUAUAGGGAAUGGUGCCAUUUGGGAAACAACCCAUGCCCACCAUUUUUCUCUGUUCAUUUUCCCUAUUCACUCUCUGUCCUUCCCUCUCUUGCACUUUCUAAUCUAACCCAUUCUUGACCUAACCUCCCCCUGUAUUUUUUGAUUCUGAUGCUGUCAAGCUGGAAGAAAAUAAUCUCAAUCAUUUUUGCAGGCUAAAUUCCUGUCCAAUCAUUCAAAAUGGUUAAAUUCCCGAUUCAUUGCAAGGGUUCUAUUUCUUGCUGUAAAUGUUUUUUGUUACAUGGUUUUGAAUGUUAUUGUGUUGAUUACAAAGGCAGAGUGAGUUCAUUUAGUCAGUUAUACCAAAAACAAUCACUGGCAUCAAGGGUCCAGAUGGAAAUUCUAAGUUGUGUCGGCAUUGAGACCUCUGUUGCCUAUGCACACUGUUGCCAUGGUAAGCCCUGAAGUGAUCACAAUCACGCUUUACUGUCCAGUUUGUUGAAAAUAACACGUAUCCCAAAUCAUGCUAAUUCUGUCCUCCAUUUCAUCCCACUCCUUUACUCUCUCUCCACUAAUAAUCAAACUCAUCUUAAGUUUCUGUCUGCAACCAGAAACAGAAACUCUUGUUCAGGGAGAAAAAAGCAAAAAAUCGACUAACUAAUGAAUGCAAAGCGAAGAGCUACGGGCAGUACCCAUGAUGCAUUCCCCACCCCCAAAGUUGUUCUUCUUCGGAAGAAAUUCCAUUAUGAUUUUAUAUAUCGCCCAUGCAAAUGGCCGACUGUAUUGUAUGUUGUGGUUGUUCCCUGCUCUGUUACCAUUGCUUGCUGUUUUCAGAGGAUGGUAUCCACUCGGGGAGGCCUCUAUGUUUUAAAUUAAAACGGCUGCUGCUCUUGAAUAGUACAUGACCGGGCAAAACACGGGUGGGGACUUGGGAGACCCUAAGGAACCCUUAGCCACCCACACACCGCACCACGUUCCAGGCUGCCUACGUAGCAGUCGCGCACCAAAUCUUACAACGCCUGGAUAAGCGUUUAACAUGUCAGUAACCAGUAUGACUAGUUUCUCAUCAAUAACGUAUAAACCUUUUAAUUAAGACUGAUGGAAGUCUAGUGAGUUGAGUGUAUAUUUGGAGGGUCUUGCUUCUGGCAUAGCCCGGAGAAUUAAAAAAACAUGUCAGUAGCUAGGUUACCCUCCAAUUGUCAACAGAUUUUCAUUGAAUAUUCCAAAUCUGCAUAAAAACAAUAUUUGCAUUUUCCCACCAGCUAUGUUUCCAUCAAAUUGACUUGUUUUGGAUAAAAGGCUGUGCGUGAUGACGUAGUGCACAUAAACAUUUAUGUACUGAAUAAAAAAUACAAGUAAAAUGGGACCUAAUUUACUCGCAUAUAAGGUUGGCUGGAAACCUGAUUAGUAACUGCAUCAACCGACUAGAUGGCACGGUAUUCAAUCAUUUGUUGAUUUGUGCAGUGUGGCCAGUUUGGAGGCAGUCUGGAACGCGUGCCCCUGUUCAAGGUCUCCUGGUGCCAUCUUAACCCCUGAGAGUUGGAGUGCCUGGCAGGCAAAGUUCACAGAGGAAAAGCAAAAAGAGAACCUGUGUAUUGCAAUAAAACUUAUUUUCAGA